AUGGCUAACGGUGUAAGUAAACAGACGGACGAUGACCUGUUUUAUGAUGGUGACGUCAUAUUAGGCAGGUACAAGGCAGGUGGGAAGCUACAGGUCAAUGUGAAAGUGCCACCCCCCAAAAGUGCCACCCCCACCAGUGCCACCCCCACCAGUGCCACCCCCACCAGUGCCACCCCCACCAGUGCCACCCCCCAUCAGUGCCACCCCCCCACCCACCAGUGCCACCUCCACCAGUGCCACCCCCACCAGUGCCACCUCCACCAGUGCCACCCCCACCAGUGCCACCUCCACCAGCGCAACCCCCACCAGUGCCACCCCCACCAGUGCCACCCCCCAAAAGUGCCACCCCCACCAGUGCCACCCCCACCAGUGCCACCCCCACCAGUGCCACCCCCACCAGUGCCACCCCCCAUCAGUGCCACCCCCCCCACCAGUGCCACCUCCACCAGUGCCACCCCCACCAGUGCCACCUCCACCAGCGCAACCCCCACCAGUGCCACCCCCACCAGUGCCACCCCCGUCAAACCUCCUCCUACACCUGCACCCACGGAGCUUGCAAAAACCCGCCUUCCCCCAGGGGUGGUGGUAGUUUUGACUUUGGGUCGGACCCCGGCUAAAUAA